UCUGGCAUCUCUCUAGAUCUUCUCCCACUGGAUAUAAACAGUCAUAGGAACGUUGUUCACCACAGAAGAAAGAGAUCGCCCUUCAGUGUAGCAUCACCACUACAGUCUCCUAAGCCAAAAUGAAAUUCUUCAUCAUCGCCUCAUUCUGCGUAGCAGUUGCUCUCAGCCAGGGUGUGAUUCAGCCAAAACCAAAUGUUCGAAAUCUACCUGCUGAAGUCCGCAAAGAGGCUCCAGGUCAAUGCUACGGAUUCACUGCCAAAAAGGCCUUCCCUGUGGGCCAGUCUUGGCCUCUGGCUCCCUUCUGUGGAAGAGCCACCUGCAUUCAACAUGAAGGCAAACUCUUUGAAAAGGUGGAAGACUGUGGCUUUGAGCCCAAGCCAUCACCCGGCUGCAGAGUCAAGAACGAAGCCGACCAAGCUAAGCCCUACCCAGCCUGCUGCCCCGUGUACGAGUGCCAGCCAGGUGCCACCCUCCAGUACCCAACACCAGAAGAACUGAAGGCUGCUGCAGAGCAGGCUGCCAAGGCUGCACAAGGUUAAACAUUCUCUCGUAAAGGUUCUAGACUGUAAAUGAAAUGAAUUCAUGACGUAAAGUAUUCUUUCAAUGUAUUUUCUCAUCCUAAUGUCAAGGAUUAUAUUUCUUCGAUGAAAUUAAAAAUCAAAAUCAGUUCUGUAAAGGCACUUUCAAGGAAGAAAUGAUUUUAUUAGUGAAAGAGUGAAUUUUGCAUCUCAUUAUAUAUAUUUUUAUACAUUUAUGAAAAUAAAAAGAAACUGUUAUUGA